UUGAUCGAAGAAAGAUCUGACAGAUGUGAUUCAAGAUUGUUUGACUUCAGUUUAGACUUUGAGUAAUUUUUUCAAGAAUUUAGAAUGGACUGAAUAUUCAGAUAAUAUUCACAUUGAAUUGAAUAAAACAUUCAAUUUGGAGAAAGUGUUUUAGCAGUUAUUCAAAAUGUAUCGUGAGGCUAAUAAUUUUUUUAAAAGAGUUUCCUCCAAUGACAAACAGGAGCAAAUGACCAGACAACAGGAGCUAAUCGAACAGAAAAAACUUGAAAUUCAACUUAAAUUAGCCGAAAAGAAACGCAAGGAAACAGAGGAGAAUUUGAAAAAAAUUCAACCUAAAAAGGCUUCAAUGCUUACUGCUCGAAAUAGAUGGAGGAAAUUAACAAUGGGUCCGACUUGCGCAGAAGAACACAGUGGUCCAACGAAUAUCUUCUCCAAUGAUGGAAGUUUUUUGGAACAAUUCAAGAAGUUUUCUGGGACAGCGACAGCAGACGAGCAGACAGCUAAUGGUGCUAAUCUUGGAAUGAAAAAUGCAGACUCAGUUGCCGAUAGUUCUGCUGUAGCUGACGGUGGAAAAAGUGAUACAGCAGGCUUGUUGGACCAUUCAAACAUGAAUCAGGGCAGUUUUGCCAACCAAUUCAACACACCUCCAAUGUUCACUCAGCCACCUCCGCAAUUCACCCUUCCACCCAGCUUCACCACAUUCCUCCCACCGCCAACCCAACAACAGAUGAUGAUCAACAAUAUUAUGAAUUUUGGUCCUCCGGGCCUGCCACAAUUUCCCCCUCCUUGUUAUCCUCCCACCACCGUACCGCCACCCCCACCCCUCCCACCAGGUGUGUUCUUCUCCCCCCCACCGGGCAUCAUUCCCCCCUCCCGCGCCUCUCAACCCUCACUCCAUACCAGCGCCUUCCCCUCUUCUGCCGCAUUCAAUUCCAGCUCCCUCCCCACUGCAGCCCAGUUCAAUUCCCCCCUCCUCAUCCUAUCAUCACACAUGCUAUCCCCCCUCCUGUGCCACCACCAUCUGUGUCCUUUGAAACCAAAAUGGCCAUCAGUGCCAAUGAGUUGUGGCCAGCACCAAUCAUACCUGAAUAGAGAUCAUUUGAAAGAGGUUCUGAUGAAGGCUUUACUAGUCCCAGCAGAACAAGAGGACGUCGAGGAUGACUUGAAUCCGGAACAGCUGUCAAGGUCAAGUGAAGGUCACCAGCGGUCACCAGAAGAUCAGUCAAGGUCAAACUCGAGUUCGCCCGAGUUGAGCCGCAGUCAGCUGAUUUCAAGGUCACCAGAACACAUAUCAAGGUCAGCCGACUCGAGUCGCGAUCAGCUGAUUUCAAGGUCACCAGAAUCGAGUUAUGAGCGGUUUGUGACCGAGUCAAGGUCAGCAGACUCGAGUCGCGAUCAGCUGAUUUCGAGGUCUUUGAGGUCAAGCGAUGACAGCUCCUGUAGCGAUGACAGCAGGAGAUCAAGGUCUAGAUCAAGGUCUAGAUCCAGGUCUAGAUCGAGGUCGAGGUCACCACUACAGUCUGACGAGGAGAGCAAAAGUAGUAGUCGAGCUAGGAUUGAUGAAGAUAGUCAGACUCAAGACCCAACAGAUGUAAACGAGGAAGAGGUGCACGAAGAAGAAGAAGAAGAAUCAGAAAAAGAAGGAGAGAUGAAGGAAGAAAUAGAAGAACAGGUGAAGGAAGAAAAAGUAGAACAGGUGAAGGAAGAAGAAGAAGAAGAAGAAGAAGAAGAAGAAGGGGUGAAGGAAGAAAAAGAAGAAGAAGAAGACGGUGACAUAAUACCAGCCAAAGAGGAGACACUCGCUGAUAAUCAAAGCUUCAACUUAGAAAUCAAACAAGAAGUCAAAGAAGAAGAAGGAAAAGAAGAAGUGGAACAUGAAGAAAUGAAGGAAGACCUGGAUGGAGAACCAAUGCCUGUAGAAAAGCAAGUGUGGCCCAUCGAGAACCCACAGUAUCCGCCAUUUCUGUUCCCAUCGGACCUGAAAAAAGACAGCCCAGAACAGCAGGACACCAAAGAGGCAGCCGACAUGGUGGUGGAGCAAAGUGCCCCGCCACCCUCCCGGAAACGGCGAAGCAGAUGGGGUGAGACAGUGACGUCACAAGCAGUCACGUCUGAAACAGUGACGUCAUCACUGCCUGGCCCUCCCCCACUCCCAGCCAUCGGACUCGUCAUGCCCACCAGUCUCGGAAACGUGCCCACAAUCAAUGUGCCAGGUAUGAAAGGGGCGAUGAUUAGUCGUGUGUCGCGGACUGAUCCAGCUCUGUUGCAGUAUGCGAUGCACAACUUUGGCACCACACAGCUCUCAGAAGAGGACUGGAAAAAAGCCGAGGAUCAUUUCAAGAUCAACCUGCUCUACCAGGACAUGAUGCGCAAGCGUGACGAGCUGCAGCGUCUACAGGCGUCGGGACGCAACAAGUACGAGUAUGACUCGGAUGAGGAGACAGACGGUGGCACCUGGGAGCAUCGACUGCGCGAGAAGGAGAUGGAGGCCACUCAGCUGUGGGCCGAACAGCUGACCGCGGCAGCCAGCGGCAAGCAUCACAUUGGAGACUUCCUGCCUCCCGAGGAGCUCGCUCAGUUCAUGGAAAAGUACGAGGCGCUGAAGCAAGGACGCCCGCCUGACUUGUCGGAUUACAAGGAAUACAAACUGAAGGAGGACAACAUUGGCUUCCAAAUGCUGCAGAAGCUCGGCUGGACCGAAGGCCAGGGCCUUGGCAGUGAGGGAACCGGCAUCCUUGAUCCAGUCAACAAGGCAAUGUCACGGGGUGACAACCAGGGUCUAGGACUGGAGAGACCUGAUGACGUCAAUGUGGAUGAUGAUGAGUACGAUGCCUAUCGUAAACGUAUGAUGCUGGCCUACCGCUUCAGGCCGAAUCCUCUUAACAACCCAAGACGACCGUACUACUGAUAUCGAAUCAACUAUCUAAAAUGCUUAGGAGAAACCUUUCUUAUUGAUAAGGAGAAUAAAUGAGAAUUCAAACGGUAACCAUUUAAGAGCACAAAUGAUUUAUUUGAGUAUUACAGAUUGCUAUGUAGUGUUAACCAUGGUAGUUUAUAGGAACAAAUAGUCUCACAAGGUAGUUAUAAUUACUAUUUUGUCCUUAUCAAUAUACCGGAUGUUUCAAAAAGAAUGACCCAAUUUCAAACAGUUAUAUUUUUAUUUAUUUAUUUUUAUAAAAUUCGAUUUUCAUCAGCUGAUUAUAGCUGUAUCGUAUGUUUAAAAAAGAAUGACCAACUUUUAAACAGUUAUAUUCAUUUUAAAAAAUGGUGUACACAAACCAAUUUUAGAUCAAAUUACUCACAGAAGUAUCAAGUUUAUGAUGAUGUAUUAUAAGUGUUCUAUGUGCCCUCCUUUUGAGGUUCGGACGACAUCUAGACGGUAGCCAAAUUCAUCCCAAACUGUUCGCAAGAUGUAUUUUCGGACUGUAGCUACUGCAUCAGUUAUCAGCAUCCUAAUCUUCUGGGAUUAUUGACUCUACUUUCAAUAUUUGUUCAACAGAGCCUUAGAUAUGUCAAGGAGAAUUUGGACAAGUUUGUAGAGCAGGGGGUAGUUCAUAGCCAUAACACUAGAAAUAGGGGUAAUUUGACUACUUAUCGGUAUACCUAUUCUAGUACACAAAAAACACUUCUAUUUUUAUCAAUAAAAUUGUUCAAUUCACUUCCUGAAGAUCUUAUAAAUAUGGAGAAUGGAACUUUUAAAAAUAAUAUGAAACGCUUCUUAGCAGCUAACCCUUUAAAAAAGAUUGAAGAUUUUUAUACAUUAGCUAAGAAUAUUCGGUUAUAAGUUGAAAAUCAGGUGACCUUAUCGUAGGGUACUGAUAGUGUAACUUACUGAUGUAAUAUAUUUAUAUUUUGUAUCAUGCUGUAUAUAUUUGACACUUGUAUUGUAUCUGAAGACCUCAGGUAUUGCUGCAAUAAAGAUUCUAUUCUAUCCUGGUUUUUAGCUGCUCAAUAUCAAAUUCUAAAGGAGGAACAUAAACACAAUCUUCAACGUUGUUCCUCCCUUACACUUGAUAUUGAGGAGCUAGAAACCAGGAUAACUGAUGCAGUAGCUUCAGUCCGAGAAGACAUCUUGUGAACAGUCUGGGAAGAAUUUGGCUACCGUCUAGAUGUCGUCCGAGCCUCAAAAGGAGGGCACAAAGAACACUUAUAAACAUCAUCAUAAACUUGUUACUUCUGUGAGUGAUUUGAUGUAAAAUUGGUUUUUGUACACCAUUUUUUAAAAUAAAUAUAACUGUUUAAAAUUUGGUUAUUCUUAUUGAAACACCCGGUAUUAUUGUUCACUCACUCUGCAAGUUUAUGUUGUGCGCUUGAAUCGAAAUUAUUGAAUUUCUUUAGGAUGAAGUUUCAGUUUAAUUUGUUGUUACAAACGAGUAGGCCUAACAGCGUUAGUCUUUGAUUUAUUAAUUUUUGAGAUUCAUGUUUGAGCUUGUAAAUGAAAAUUGACAAAAGAAAGGUGUUUACACUGGUGUAAAAGUGUGAGGAUAUUCUAUUUUCCUCCACCUACUGUCUAAAGUACCUACUUUACUCCCUGAAACAUAAUACUGAAGUAUCACUUUUUCGCUCUCGGUGGUAAAAAACAGAAAAACUCCCUAGGGAAGAAAAGUUACUCCAUUUAAAUAACAUGGGAAGCAUCUAUAUUUUGAAAACUUACAUUGUAAUAGGUAAGAAGGUCUAAGCUCAGAUGAGGAAGCAUAUAGAGUAGUCAUUAAACCAACUAAAUUCAAUACCUCACCAGACAUUUGAUCAAUAUAUGAUAUUCACAUUUGUAUGCUAAAUUUAUUACAAACUUCAUAUCACUAUACUAAAAAAAUGUAAAAAAUUUUUAUUCCAUGUUAUUCAAAAUACCAGCCAACAAAUAUUCCUCAUUAACUAAUCAAAUUUGAAACGGGAACUUCAUCAUAGCUGUAGUUUAGGCGGCCAUUGUUGUUACAACUUUUGCCGACAGAUAGCGCUGUCGGCGGAGAACUGUGAUUACAAGCCAGCUGUUUCUGUUUACUUUUUAGAUUAUGUUGUAACACAUUUUUUGGUCACGUACGUUUUUAAAAAAAUAACUAUUUAAAGUUUUUAUAAAAAUGUAGGUGGAGGAAAAAUGUUGUGUAUAUCAAGAGUGAAAAAUGUUUUUUCUCCCUCAGGAAAAUUGUUGCCCUCGGCUUCGCCUUGGGCUUCAAACUUUCCCCUCAGGGAGAAAAUCAGUACUUUUCACUCUAGAUAUACUAUUAACUAUUAUUUUCUUGAAUGCAUGUAUAUGUGACUACACGUAUGAAACUUUGUAACAUCUCAAUUAACAGUGAAAAGUUGACUAUUUACUUCUCAAAUUGAAGGUUGUUUCAGUUUUAUUUUAUAUAUUUUAUAGGAUUCACAUUCAUAAGUAAGUUAGGAGUGAUACGUUUUACAUUCAUCAACACUUUUGUGAGCUAUGCUGAAGAGCAAUACUUUGUGCUGUCGGUCCUGGCUGAUGAACAACAGUCGUGAGGUCCAAAUUAUAUCCUCGUGCGAGGUGGAACUUCCGUCGCGGACACCUUACCAAUAAAAUGCCUUAUGAAUAUGAUUAGAACUCACGAAUGUAUUUUUUCCAUUUUUAUUGAGUCUAUUCAUGAAAAUUCAAAUCAAUUACAAUAAGGAUCGAGAUACAAUUGAAGAUAAUCUAUAAAAUAUCACAAUGAAUUAUUAGAUAUCUUACUAUUGUUACUACAGAAUCGACUAAUGUAUAUACUUAGGACCAUAUUAAACGUUUUUUUAGGCGUUUCUAGAUUUGGCAGGGCGGGAAGCUCUUGAUUUGCUGAUUGCUUUGGCCCCUGAAAAAACGUCUCAAAAACGCUUAUUAUGUUAUGAUCCUUAGGCCCGGUUGCAAAAACGCCGGUUAAAUUUCAACCGUAAUUAAUUUAUCGAGUACUAAUCAGAGAAGGCGUUUUUGAAAAGACGGCUUCUGUGAUUGGUGCUCGUGAAAUUAAUCACGGUUUUAAAGUUCAACCGGCUUUUGUGCAACCGGCACUGAAUGUUUGUUUAUGGUAGAAGUACGGUAUGUAUAAUUUUAUUAUUUUAGAAAACGUUCUUGUUACUGUAUUUGAGUUAAGUUAGCAUAAAUUUGUUUUGAUUGAAGAGUAUAACUUCCCGUUCAAGUAAAUAAAUGAUCAUUUGCAAUAAUA